GUCUUUGUCAUUUGCUACCUGCCGUUCUUCGCGCUGUACCUGGUGAACACAACCUGCACAGUCUGUAGGGGUUACAUCAGUCAGACAACUCUCAACAUUCUCGAAUGGCUCGGCUACAGUGGCUCCCUUUUCAAUCCAAUUAUUUACCACAUCUUCAACCCAGACUUCAGACUUGCGUUUCACGAUUUGAUUCGCUGU